AUGAAGAGAUGCACUAAUGAAGUUCAAUAUGAGAUCAAUAUAGCUGAUGCCAGACUAAUCAAGAAAGCUGCAUAUUAUAUAGCACCUACUACAAAGGACUUCAUGAAGCAAGAACUUAACUAG